AUGCAGUAUAGAGAUCUUUCUCUCGAUCUCGACCUAGAUAGCGAGUCCGGGUCUGAUCAACUACGCAAUCAGUCACACAAUACUUACUCUAGAGCAGUGGUGCUCAAACACAUACCAUCCAUAAUAUACACUGUAUAUUAUGGAGGCAAACUAUCUACGAAUUUUCAUUUUAAAUUAAUGAAUUUAAAUGUUGUUAUUUUAAAUUAUGAUGCUUUUACAGAUUUGGAUCCCUUAGGUACUGGUCGCACCAGACCUUACGUGGAUAAGAAAUACUUUUUCCAAGAGCUUAAAAAUCCUCCAAAAAAAGUACUCAAAGAUUUGACAACAACUAAUGCAAUCACAACAACUACAGCUAUAACUGCAACGGCAGCUAACAUGAUGAUGGCUACGGCUACAUCGACUGGUAUAAAUUUAAUGGCUGAAAAUCAAAUGAAAAAUAUGUGCUCAGAUGACAUUUUGAACUUAGGCGAUUUAGAAUCGAUGAAAUCAAUACAAUAUCAGCAACAGCAAUAUCAUCAAAAUCAACAGCAAGCAUAUAAAAUGACAAGUGCCACCUCCACCUCCACCACCACUACCACUUUAAAUACUUUACUAACAACAUCAUCAACAACAACAACAAUACCAUCAUCAACAACAGCAAUAAUAUUACCAACAACAACAACAGCCAAUACAAUAAUUAACCUUGCAGGUACAACAGGUACUAUCACUACUAAUACUACUACUAUUAUCCCCCGUACUGUUACUGCUAGUACUACUAGUAAUAAUACUAAGAAUGCUAGUAGCUCUAGUACUUCUACUACUGCUACUACUACUACUGCUAUUAAUUAUAAUAAUAAUAAUAAUAGGAAUAAUAAAAUUGCUAUUGCUAUUGCCACAUCAGCCACUACUAGCACUGCUACAACUGUCUAUAAUAGUCAUGCCUCAUUAGCAACUUGUUCCACCAUCACCACAGCCACCACCACCACCAAAAACACCAACACAAUUUGUGCCACAAAUAAUUUAAUUGUAAAUGUAUCUAAUAUUAAGAAUAACAUCACUGCUUCUUCCUCUUGUGCUUCUGCCACCACUACUUUAAAUUCUGCUUUUACUCGUACAUCAACUUCUUUAAUAUGCACUUGUCCCACCUCCAUAAUUGUAACAUGUACAACAACCAAUGCAUCAACUAAUAAUAAAUAUACAACUAACAAUACUAAUUAUAAUAAUUGUAAUAAUAAUAAUAAAAAUAACAAUAACAAUAUUCCUAACCAUACUAACAACAUCAAUAAAAAUACUAGUAGUAGCAAUCUCUUACUAACAACAACCAAUCAUCAUCAAUCGAAACCAUCAACAUCACUAGCCAAAAAAUCAAUGCCCAUGUCCAUGCCUUUGAAUAUGAUGGCCAUGAAUAUGAGCAAUAUGAGUAUUAUGAGUGUUGGUAGUUCUGGUGAAGGUGGUGGUGGUCAAGGUGGUUCGGUCUUAGCAGCGUUUCAAAAUGCAUCAUCUUCAUCAUCAUCAUCAAUAAAACCAAUAACAACAACAACAUCAAUUCAACUACUUUGA